AUGGCGGCGCGGCCGUGGCAGCAGCAGCAGCCGCAGGGAGCAGCAGCAGACAACGCAGCACCGCUGCACGAGAAGCUGCAGGCUCGCGGCAUCACCCACCUGCUGUUUGCGGGGGUCACCACCGAGGUGUGCGUGCAGACGAGCAUGCGGGAGGCCAACGACCGCGGCUACGAGUGCCUGCUGGUCACAGACGCCACAGACUCCUACUUCCCCAAGUUCAAGGAAGCCGCCAUCGAGAUGAUCCGCGCCCAGGGCGGCAUCGUGGGCUGGACGGCAGACACGGCGGCGGUGGAGGCGGCGCUGGCUGCCGCCUGA